UUCUCGGUUAAUAAUCCUACAUUGAGUGAAGCGCUAAAUACAAGCGGGUCCCAGUUUACCAGUAGCGUGGCUAACAACCACAACAUCUUAACCGUAGAUAUUUUAACACCUUGAAGAUUACCAAUAAGGCUCUUGAACAGAAAGAUAUGGAAGAAGAUUUUGAUAUCGACAUAACGCCUUCUGUCAAUGAAGAAGACGAAGAAGGUGGAUCAGCUGUUGUAGGAAAGGAAAAAAAAAAAAAGAGAAGUUUAGUAAAAGUACUGAUUCUUGGAGGCGUUGGUGUUGGUAAAACCUCUUUAAUGAAUCAGUACUCAGACGGUACAUUCAAUGAAAAAUAUAAAGUGACAAUUGGAGCAGAUUUUAUUGUGAAAGAAGUCCCAAAAGAUACUGAGCAUUUUACACUACAGGUUUGGGAUACAGUGAGUAAAAAAGAUUACCAAAGUUUAGGACUAAGUUUUUACCGUGGAACAGACUGUGCUUUGUUAGUGUAUGAUGUUACACAGCCAGAGACAUUUAAACAUCUUGAAUCUGUCUUGGAGGAGUUUUUGGCCAAUGCUAUUCCAGAAGACGAAGACAAUUUCCCAUACAUAGUCAUCGGGAAUAAGAUAGAUAAAGAAAAUAGAUUGGUAACAAAAGAGGAAGCUAUGAAAUGGUGUAAGAAGAAUGGCAAUAUUCCUUAUAUGGAAACCAGUGCUAAAGAUGGAACCAAUGUUUCAGAAGCUUUUAUGUCAUUAGUUGAUAGCAUGUCAGGGACAGUAGUUGAAUAAUCAAGUGAUUUCUACCUUAUGAAUGCAGGCAUCUUAAUAAGGAGAGUGAUUGAAUGAUUAAGACAUUUCUUUGUAAUGAAUGCAGGCAUGUCAGGGAUAGUGAUUGAAUCACUUAGAUAUUUUUAUUUAAUGAAUGCAGCUUUAGUGUUUCUCAUCAUCUUGAAUGUAUAGUCAAACUUGUAUAUAAAGGUCACCCUCAGGACUAACCUUAUAAGGGUGGGGACAUUUGAAUUGAUGUAAAAAAAUCAUUGUUAAUACUACAGCAGGGCUAUAAAAGUGACCAGACAAGACAGGUUCAUACUAAGUUUGUAAAGAUGACCUGUAUGUGUAGCAUUUUUUAUUGUACAAUUAUAGCAGAGAUCAUGAAAUACAAGGCCCCUAAUGGAAGAGUCAAAGUAAUCACAUAAUAUCAAUUUUUUCGCAAAUAUAAUCUCAUAAUAGUUUUAUAUUUUUUUAAACAAGACAAUCCAAUUAUCAUUGUAAAAUUUUAAUAUCAGCCAUCUGCUCAUACAUGCAUUACUAUAUAAACCUGUAAUACACAGUCUUAGUCAACUGUAAUUUUGUUUGAUUCGGCAAAGUAUUAAAGUAACUCAGUUUUUGAAACUAUGUUAGUACUUUUAUACUUUUACUUGUUUUAUCUGUUUUGCAACAAAUAUAACUUUUGGCCAAACCCUUGAUUUUCAGUCAAAGUCUUAAAAUGUGUAAGCAUUGAAUUCAGCCAAUGAAGAAGAUAGGAUACAAUAAACAUGGAUACAUUGACUUGAGUGUGUAGGUAAAGGUUGAUUUGUAUAAACAUAUCUUACAUUUUUCAUGAUUUUUGUAUUUAUAAAAGCAGCAAAUAUAAUGAUUAUUCAGAAAUUAUUGCAAGAUGUUCAUUAAUGCCAUUGUAUGAAUUACACAAUUAAUAUGAUAAAAACACACAUUUUGAAAUCAAGUACAUAUCUGUAUGCAGAUUUUCCUGAAAUCACAAUUAUUUUAAUCUCACAUUUUUGUCCUUUUUAAAAUUUGCAAUAAUAAAGACAUUUGAUAAUAUCUGAAUUUACAGUAUAUACCUUCUUGUAUUUUUUUCCCUUUCAAAUGCAGCUGGAUGUUAAGCAACCAACACUCAAUCAAACCUUUUUGAUGUAGUUAAUCUUAUGAUCUUUGAUCUUUUACACAAAUUUGUAGAACAACUUAUUAUUUACAGUUUAUAUAUCAGUACAUUUAUUAGAAUGAAACUUGAUAUGAUGCAUGUCAUAUAUACCUAGUGAUACAAUAAAGAUCACUUUGAAAUUCACCGAAGAUUUCAGUCAUCACAAUAAUGCCUUUUAGGGGUAAACAAGUGCAUGCAUACAUUCAAAACCCUUAGUUUACUAAUUUAAUAGUUAUCAAUAUUUCUACUUAAUAAUUAUGAGAUUAAAAAAAAAGUACAUUGAGCACAACAUUCCAUAUUCCUAUUCAUGAACAUCUAUAGACAUUUAUCAAUGAAACUAGAACACACCCGUGAUAUCGCGGGUCCGUGACUGAAUUAAAGUAUAUUACUAUGCGCAAGCCUUAUUUUAGUAUUCUUACUGAUUAAAAUACCUCAAUGGGUAACAAUUUGACAAUUUAGCAGUGUCAACCCUGUGAUUAUGACCUGUGUAUAAAGCAUAUUAAUCCUGAAUACACCGUUUGGUGGUGCACCUGUCAGAUGCGGAAUGUACACUAACAAAACAGUUAUAAAUAAUUUAUUGCAUAUAACAAUUCUUAUUACUUAGACACAUAUAGCUUAUGCAUCCUUCCAGUUACAUUUAAGAAUCCAGCUGAUCAUUGACCAUCAAAAAUAUUUCUUUGUAAAAUGUCUGGCUGUCGUCAGGAAAUUUUGGAAGCCUUGAUGUACAGAUAAGGUAAUUGGUAACAGGUGAUUAUACUAUUGGUAUUGGUAUCGGACUCGACCUGGAACUUCUUAAUUAUUGGCAAUAUUAAUUAUGUGGAAAACAAAAGGGCCUGGAGUGGUGUAAUUUUUAAUCUACUCUUUUGAACUAUAUUAGUUAUAAAUACAGUUGAAUCCUUUGAUUCGUCGUUUUUACGUGAUGACGGCUGACAAAUUGGACCUCGUAAUUUUAGUAUAAUAGAUAUAUACUCAGAUAUUAAGUCAUCUACAUAGGUAAAGUUACUCUUAAAUUAAAAGCAAACAUAAUGUUCAGAAUUGUUAAUUUUGUUGUAUUAAAGAUUAUUGUAAUAUCUAGUUAAAUACUUAUAGUUUGGAUAUCACCCUCUCAUAAUAUAGAAAUGAAAUGUGUCCCUUAUCAUUGGGAAAAUAUAUGUCUCUGUAUAUUUAUGUAUCUUUAUUUUGUUUCUUUUUAUAUC